UUUCAUAAUUUUUCUUUCUGUAUGCAGUAAGUUAAACGUGCUUGUUCAUGCAUGCAGUGUGGUAAGUUGUUGCCGUUUGGACAUCAACCUCUCCACCUACGCCGUUCGUCGUGAGUUAGAGAAAAAGGAAAACGUGUGUAAACAAUGCUUAAGGCCGUAAAGAAAUCGACCGAGGUAAAUAAAGCCAAGUUAAAACUCAGUGCCAGCAAUGGUAACGAGAACAACAUCACCACCAACAACAACAAUAACAAAAACAAAAACAGCAGCAGCAGCGGCAUUAAUAGUAACAAAGACAGCGACAACAACUCCGAAGUGUCUAGUGCACUGGAUCUCAAAAGGGAGACCAUCGUUGGUCAAAUAUCGGAGGGUUCUUCAAAUGACUGUCUACCACUGAAGAAGCUCAGCCUGAAGGGCAAUCAACUCUGUGGCAGUAUUUUGAUUGGCAAUUACAAUUAUUUGACCCAGUUGGAGGUAUGCGAGAACGAAAUGGAAGUCUUGGAUUUGAGUUCUCUUGCCCAGCUGGAGACACUAAAAUGCAGUUACAACAAGUUAAUUGAACUCAUUUUCAAUGGAAGCAACUUACAGACCCUCAUUGCGGAUCAUAACUGUCUGCAGAGCGUUCCCAUAUCGAAGAGUGUGCCCCUGAAGCUUCUGCACAUAGACUUAUCGCACAAUUACUUAAGUGAGUUGCCAAAAUGGAUUGGAGAGUGCGUAUCAUUGGUGACACUCUCCGCGUCGCACAAUCUUUUGAACAACGUCACGGAACUGCUAAGCAAUUGUCGAAUCAAAUGCCUACAGACAUUGGAUUUGGCUUACAAUAGAUUACAGGAACUUAACUAUCUACCGGAUUCAUUUUGCAGCGUAAGGCAGCUACAGCUACAAAGCAAUGAACUGCAGUGCUUGCCAGCGAACUUCUUUGCCGUAACUCACUCGCACUUAAGUUCGCUGAAUGCCUCAUGCAAUCGACUGACGUCGCUUCCGCGUUACGAGCAGAACAACAAUGCAGCACUUGAAGAACUCUGUCUGACGUCAAAUCAUCUGAACGACAAUAUAUUUGAUGUCCUCUUGCAUGCUGGCAGGCUCAAGACUCUUCGCUUAGCCCAUAAUCGAAUUGCAGUUUUGCCAGCGGAUUGUGUGCACAACUGGCCUGACUUGGAGGUGUUGGUAUUGUCAGGUAACAUGCUGCAGCAACUGCCAGAGCAAUUGUCAGCUCUAAGCCAAUUGCGGGUGCUGCGAUGCUGCAACAAUCUAUUGCUGAGCACUCCGAAGCUGGCCAAGCUGAAGAAGCUAAAGAUUUUGGAUUUGGCACACAACCAUUUGGAUCGCAUCAAUUUGUUGUCCUUGGUACCGGUGCGAAUUCUCAAGUACCUCGAUUUAUCAGGCAAUUUGCAGCUGCAGGUAGAUGAGCAGCAGUUGAAGGCCUGUCAGACGCAGAGCCAACGCAUCUGGAGUCUGAUUGAUGUGUCUGGUAAUAAUCGUGCCGCCUUACCCACCAGCAUCAACACCCAGGUAUUGCCCUCGGAGUCAAACGAGAAGCGCACGUCUAAAGUCAGCACGCAGUCCUGGUCCUUGGGAUUUGCCGAAACGCCAGGUGAUCUGCGGCGUCUACUGGUUUCGCAGCUUCGCGCUAGUCCCAUGAAUGGAUUCGAUCAGGCGCUGUUCGGUAUGUUCGAGUCAGAGACUGAGGCAGACGCCCGAAUAGCCCAACAAAUGGCGCAGCUGGUGCCAGAGCUGUUGAAGCAGGAACAGACCCUAAAUGAGACAUCCCACAACGACUAUAUGAAAUACACUUUGUUGGCAGCGCAACGCCAAUGCAGUGGCAAUCUACGCAGCGCCACGCUCUUCCACUUGGUACGGCUGCCGACCAAGGUGCACGCUCUGAAGACGAAGCGCUUUGUCCUUCGAAUGGCCAAUAUGGGAUACCUUGAUGCAUAUCUCGUUCGUCGUACAACGCACCUGCGACUAACCCAACCCGAAAUCCAACUUGGCGUUAACACUCGUAAACAAGCCGUCGGCCAUUCUCUGCCCGAUCCAGAAAUAUUAGAGGUAACUCUGAGCAACGAUGACCAGUACCUGGUGCUGGCUAAUGACCAGUUAUGGUCGGUUAUGGAUAUUGGCAGGGCCGCAAGGGAGAUACGCAAGGAAGAGAAUGCCUUGCUUGCGGCUAAACGGUUGCUGGAGAUAGCGCAGAGCUUUGGAGCGACAAAGAAUCUCAGCUUGAUUGUUGUUCGCUUCUGUCACCUGAGUACCGAUGUGGAUCAUCUCAUACGCGAGCUCAAACAGAGUGUGCGGAAAAAACCAGCGAUUAUUGCUUCGCAGUCUCAGAACUUGUCUGUGAGUAAGCGCACCUGUUGUGAUCGAAGUAAUGCGUGUCGCCAUCGCACAUUGGAUCAGGAAUUGCUGGCAGGUCGCUACUCGCCCAGUGGUCAAAGCAAUCCCGAUAUUUUGGCCAAAGACAUUGGCGGCAGUUCGGGUCACGUCGUGGCCAAAGAUGAGUUUAUAUUGGCGCAUGCCCGUGUGAUGCAGGAGGAGCAACAAUUGGAAAUGCUAGACGAAACAGAAUCUGUGUUGUCGGAGGAGCAGUUUAAGUGCUGGGAGUAUAUGCUUGAGCAGAACACUCAACUGCUCUUUGACAAGGAGUUGAAUACUAUAUCGAAAUCAUUCUCCAAACAACGAAUGCCCACAACAGCUAAGCUCACAGCUGCCGAUUGCAAUGAUCUGAAGUCAAAUCUCAUUCGGAAUGUGACCAACAAAUUCAUAUCGAGCAGCACGCCCCAUCUGCCUCAGUCGGCGGCGACAAUAGCCGCAUACCAGCAGCCGGUAAAGCAACCGUUGACCACUGAACACUUUGGCAGUAUGCGAUCAUUUCAACAAUCCCAUAAUUAUGGAUACAAUCUCAUUGAUGGCAAGGCUCGUGAUGCCUUUGCCAAGUUGGGCGGAGGACCCCAUGCGGCCUACUUUGGUUCCCUUCAGCGCCGCAUGCCCUAUAAUUUUGAGUACGAUUUUCCCGUCCCCCAGGAGAGGAAUCAUGACGUGUUGGAUGAGGAAGAUGUCGAUGAGGAUGUCUACACAGAACACGAAAGUCGUAUGAGAAAGUAUUGGGGUGUGGCAACCACUGAGCUAUAAGCUGAGAUAACAAACAUCUUGGCAUUGUUAUUUACUACUGUACUUCAUUUUCAAGAUUGUUUUGAAUCGAAUAAAACUCUUCUGUAAGAUUACAUACCUAAGUAGAACAGCACCCAAUGUUAUCUCUUUCUCAAAUAUUAUUUUAUGUGCUUCACGGGUGCACAGCAUAAAGAGCAUAAACCUCGGACUCGAAACUAAAUGGAAACUUUUCUGAACUAUCUGCGUAUUUAAAUUUGACCCUUUUUUUGUCAAUACAUAUUUUCAAUCACGCAGUAGGCGACUG